CGAUAUCUUUUAGAAUCUGCAAUCGCUACAAAAUCACAUAUUCGUUUGUUCCUAAGAAAAAAUCUAAUCUAAAGCGAACAGAAGCCACACAAUUAAAAUAAGUGGAUAUGAAUUAUUGAGUCCUUUUUAAAAACAUAACAUCUAUCCACAUUAUACCACUCACCAAUCUCUAACCAAUAGUCACACACUCACAAUGGCCACCGUCGCUAACUUCUCAGCCAACCGAAUCACCACCGUGAUUCCACGGCCAACAUCCGCCGUUUCUUCCUCCUCCUCGUUCGUAUUCUUCGACCCCAAACCCAACUCACUGAUCCUAAAACAGAGCUGUGUUAAAAAUCCCUCGAAAAGAAGAUUCUCAGCCGUGAAGGUCAAGGCCGGUGCGGCGCCACCGGGGAAGGUGGGUACACCGGCAAUAAAGGACGAGAAAGUGCAAAAGAUUCACAGCGGAGAGGAGUUCGACGAAGCGCUUAAGAAGGCCAAGAACAAGCUUGUGGUUGUGGAGUUUGCCACGAGUAAGAGUGAUCAGAGCAGCAAGAUAUAUCCGUUUAUGGUGGAGCUGAGCAGGACAUGUAACGACGUCGACUUCUUGCUCGUCAUGGGUGAUGAGUCCGAAAAGACAAGAGAGCUUUGUCGGAGAGAGAAGAUCGAGAAAGUUCCUCACUUCAGCUUUUAUAAGAGCAUGGAGAAAAUACACGAGGAAGAAGGUAUUGGCCCCGACCAGCUAAUGGGGGACGUGUUAUACUACGGGGACAGCCACUCGGCGGUGGUGCAGCUACACGGCCGAGCUGAUGUGGAGAAGCUUAUUGAUGAGAACCGUACUGGAGGCAAGCUGAUUGUACUCGACGUUGGUCUGAAACACUGUGGGCCAUGUGUCAAGGUUUAUCCGACGGUGCUGAAGCUGUCCCGGUCGAUGUCGGAGACUGUCGUGUUCGCUAGAAUGAACGGGGACGAGAACGAUAGCUGUAUGGAGUUUCUAAAAGACAUGAAUGUUAUCGAAGUGCCCACGUUCUUGUUCAUUAGAAACGGUGAUAUUUGUGGGCGGUAUGUUGGUUCCGGUAAAGGAGAACUUAUUGGAGAGAUUCUCCGGUACUCAGGCGUCCGUGUCACUUAUUAAGUUGUAUCAAAACUCGAUUUAUUGAAAGGAAAUGUUUUUGUGGGUUUUGUCUGUACCAUCCGAGACCGGUUAAUAUGAAAAAAAAACGCAUGUGAUUCUUGGUUUGA